AUGCUUCGGACCUCUUUGCGGUCUGUGUCAGGCCCUUCAAGCCGACAUGUUCGUCUCUCCUGUCUAACGCGCCCUCGCGCGCCCAGUUUGCGCCAAUUCCACCGCAUAUCUGCACUCCGUACCGAUUCAGUCGAAACCAAGCUGGACACCAAUUCAUUUGACGGGUCGACCGAACGUUCAGUGCCGUUGCCGGCCAAUGAUCAGAUUCCAGAGACAAUAGAUGUCGCCUCUGACAACUCCCAUAAACCCCAGCAUGUGGAAGAACAGGGAGAACUUACUGCUUCCAUGUGGGCUGGGAUGAAGUCAAGACAAAAAUAUAACUACAAAAAACAACAUCCCUUGCUCUACAGCAAGUUCAAGAUGGAAGUGUUAAACAAAGACAUUGCACCCUCCCAAGCAGCACAAUCAGAGGGACUACCAUCGGAAGCCGCCCCGUCGGAGGAAGCCCCAUCAGAGGGAGCCCCAUCAGAGGCAGCGCGGGUGGAAGCGGAAAAAAUCAGGGCCUUGCAACAAAAGAUGAUUGAAGCGGAUAUGGAAGCCAAACGGGAAAGAAAGGCUAGGUUGUUGAAGAAAAAGGAGAAAGAAAGUCAACCCGAAGCCGAGAUUUCAACAGACGGCCCAUCAGAGCCAUCAUUCAGUGAACCCAAGGAGAGCACCGAUGUGGUGGGUGAAAGUCAAAAUGAGCCAGAGAAGACGAAGGAGAGGGAAAUCCUCUAUUUUAUGAGAAACCAUAUCAUCUCCAAGGAGCGUGGGUCUCUUUCCUCAAAGGACCAGCAAUUGACCGUAAAAGAGUUGCCUAUCCCCCUGCCUCCUGUCCCACGCGUUGCCUUUGGUCUCGACCGAGUGCUUUUCAAUCCCGGUGUCUACCAGCUACGUGACCCUCGGUCUCUUGUCUACAAUUUCGACCCGUACCUAGACCAGAUCAUGCCCGUGACGGAAUUUGACUUUAAUGCCUUGAAGCCGUAUGUCACCUCUUCUCAAGAUGUGACGGCUUGCGAAUUGACCGAGAAGAACCGAAAGAAGUACUACGGCUCAUCGUCUAGCAUGACUUCGGUUCUCGCACAUUUCCAUUAUCUUCUGUCCGCGUGGCGGCCUGUCGACGUUAGCAAAAUUUCUCGAGGGUUUGACGACCCUCUGCGGACCUUCACCCGUCUCCUUCGAGCACCCAGUGCCAUGUUCCUCCGUUAUAAGGAAAAGGAGGAUAUUUAUGCCAUUGAUGCCGACAAGGAAUACGACUACGCUAAUAUUCUCCUGAACCUGGGCAAGUCAAUGGAGAAGCAACUCACGAUGCCCAAAGAACAGUUUGAGCGCUACCGCCGCAGUGAUCCAAACAAGAUCACCCCCGAGGAAGAAGCAGCCACCCCGGAGUCAUACCACUACAGCACCGCAGGUAAAUUCCUCAUGCGAUCUCAACUCGACGCCUACGAUCCUAGACUGCCAGGUACCGGCAUGUUCGACUUGAAAACACGUGCAGUGGUUUCGAUCCGCAUGGAAGCCACCGAGCACGAGCGCGGAAUGGGUUACGAGAUCAGACGCCGCUAUGGCAAGUGGGAGUCCUUUGAACGCGAAUACUUCGACAUGAUCCGCGCCGCCUUCCUCAAGUAUUCCCUGCAGGCUCGCAUUGGCCGCAUGGACGGUGUCUUUGUCGCGUACCACAAUAUCGAGCGCAUCUUCGGUUUCCAAUACAUCCCUCUUGACGAGAUGGAUCAGGCUUUGCACGGCUCGUCCAACACCACACUCGGAAACAAAGAAUUCGAACUGAGUCUCGCUAUGUGGGAGAAGGUCCUCGACAAGGCAACACGGAAAUAUCCCAAGAAAUCUCUACGUUUCCACUUCGAGACCCGCGAACCUACCCGCGAAACUACCAUACCCUACAUGACCAUCGUCGCGCAACCCGUCACGGAUGAGGAAAUCGAGGCCAUCCAGACAAAGAACAAAGCCCACACCGAUGCCAUCCAAGACCGUCUUCUCAACCCGGAGCAAUUCGCCGACAGGUCCCCGGAGGCAGCUGUGGCAGGCUCAGAGGAAGAGAUGUCUGGAGAGUUCGACGACGAGGAAGCGGACGUCGAAUCCCUCUAUCGAGAGGAGGAGGAGCCCGAACCCGAAGCCGAAUAUUCAAUCGAUAGCGAAUUCCGCCAUGAAGAUGAACGAUCCCCCUUCAACUCUUUGGUCGACACACUCUUCCCCGAAGAGGAAGGCGAGGAAGUAUCCGAAGCCGAAAAGUCCGAAUACCCCUCGUUCGAACCCGAGCAGACCGCGGAGCCGAUCGAUCCCACCAAGUUCGUACCGAAGCGCGAUCCCUUCCAAGAGGACAAAGUCGACGAGGACGUGCUCGGGAUGAUGCUCGUUGUACACAACAAGGUGAACGGUGAAGCGGUGCAGCGGCCGACGUGGUUCACCGGGAACGACAAGUGGGAGCUUGAAUACGAGCUCAACGAGCUUGAUCUGAAAGAGAGCAAUGAAGCUCUGCGGACGUGCAAGAGGCGUCGUAGUCAGGCAUUGAGAAAGAGCGUGACGGAUCAUGAGGCUAGUUACUUCCGCACUCUGGCAAGAGUGACCCACAAAGGACGUACUUGGCGGAAGAAGAUGGAUGAGAAGGACCGUGAGCGUGGACUUCUUGUUUAUAAGGAUGCUUGUGACAUGUGA